AUGCCUGUGACAACCAAUGAAAUGCGACAAGCCAUUGUUGCUGAGGAAACUCUACAGAGUUACACCUAUGACAUCAUGCAAAUCCUUGCUGACGGUUGCAAGGAUGAGCCAAUCUACCUCCAAGGCUGGGUCACUGAUGCAGCAAAAGUGUCAUACAAAGCGAUGAUUGCCUUGUUGGAAAGUCAAAGCACGAGAGAGCAAGGGACAACAAAAAAAACUGGCUCAAGAAGUAGCUACUUGACUGCAUGCAUCAACCAGUCCUGCAUGUCCGCAAUUGUGAAAUUGAGCACUUCAUGGCAUUCCUCACAGGCAUAG